AUGGCUACUGCUAAUAACUGCCGCUCUGUUCUUAUCACAGGAUGCUCUCCCGGGGGAAUCGGAAACUCACUCGCGCGGGAAUUUCACCGAAACGGACUACGCGUGUUUGCGACGGCACGGGAUGCGAAAACAAUUGAAGAACUGGCGACAUUGGGAAUCGAUACCCUGAGUCUUGUGGUUGAUGAUGAGGAUAGUGUGCGAUCAUGCUAUGCGGAGGUGGAGCAAAGGCUUGGAGAGAAAGGACUGGAUUAUUUGGUGAACAAUGCAGGUCGGAACUAUACAGUUCCUGCUAUGGAAGCAGAUCUGCCCGAAGCUCGUCGGACUUUUGAGACCAACUUCUUUUCUGUUAUUCACAUGUGUAAGACUUUCUUGCCGCUCCUUAUCAAAGCCAAAGGGACUAUUGUGCAAGUUGGAUCUGUUGCGGGAAUCAUUCCCUAUGUGUUUGGGUCCGUUUACAAUGCUUCGAAGGCAGCUCUACACUCAUGGAGUGAUUCUCUGCGUGUUGAAUUGGCGCCAUUUGGAGUUAAUGUCACCACUGUCGUGACCGGUGGCGUACAAUCUCGCAUUGCUCGGACAGACCGCACCCUCCAGCCAAACUCACUAUACGCCCCCAUUGAAGACCAAUAUCUACGUCGCGUAAAACACAGCCAAGAUGGCGCUAUGCCGCAUGAUGCAUAUGCACGGAGCGUGGUGGCGCAGGUUCUAUACGGGUCCGCACCAUGGCGAUGGUUAUGGCCAUGGGCACAGGGCCGAAAGAGCUGGAUCUGGGAAGGCAACAAGAGUUGGCUGAUCUGGUUGUUGGUUGGGGGUUGGGCAUGGUCAGGAGUAUUUGACCGGAUGAUGACCGGGAUGUUCAAACUUUCCCGAUUGAGGAGGUAA